CCCGACUGCAGCCUCCGCCCGACCGACAUAAGAAAAAUCCCUUCGGAGCACCAAUUGUAUUUUUGAACAGAUGUGUAGAUUUACGCAGUAGAAAACCCACGGUACACGCGUACGAUAUCAUCUUGCGCAAUAAAAACAUAAAUAAUAAAACAUAUUCAAUUCGUUUUUCGAUCACCUGUGCGACUUUUUAUUUCUUUCUUUUACUCUCAUUGUCGUCGUCGCGGAUGGACAUUGCUAUUUUAAUAUUAUCAUUAUAGUAUAUGAAUUAUAAUAUUAUAAUAUAAUAGUAGUGCAUAAAAAAUGUUCUAUAAUUUAAACUAUAAAAACAACGAUCCGGUUCCGUUUUCGAAUUUGUUAUAAAAAAAAAACCACCGGCGCCGCGGCCGUUGCAUUUCAGCUCGGUGUAAAUAAUUGUUGUUUAUCUCCGAAUGUUUUUGAAUUUCUCGUUCGUCGGGUGGGGAGAACAGGUUGUGGUACACGUUAGUAAAAGGAGGAGUGGCAAAUGCAUACACGCGUGUACGAGUUGUGAGUUGUAACACGAAAUCACUAUUCAGUAUUCAGUAUUCAGUAUCACUACUUUAGUAAAUACUUUCGGCCACACACGUGCGUACACUCGGAUUGCCAUCACCUCGUUAGCAUGUGCCUGUGUAAUGUUCGAUGUCCGUUGUACAAGUGAAAUCCAUCGUCUAAUGCUGCAGUAAUUCAUUAAUACAUUAUUGUUAUACAAGAACGGCUUUAAAAUGUCAGUCAAAAAAGUGCUCCGAAUUUUUAAUCCUCACGCAGUCCACACGGUCAUUUUACUGACAUUAGGUUAUUUCUUAGUGCAACUAGUUUUCAGUCAUAUAUCGCAUUCACUCACUUUGCUCGUUGAUUCGUACCACGUGCUAUGCAAACUUAUAUACUUUUUUGGAUCUGUGCUGUGUAUUAAGAAAAACGAUUAUGAAGAGGAGUGUUCAAACGAAGGUUGCACGGAAAAAAUCAUCAAGGUGGAGGAAAAUUCACCAGAGACGAACUUGACAGUAUCCAAAUCCGGCCAAUUAUCGUCUUCCAGUUGCGUACAUCGUCAUCCCGAGAAGAAGUUAAAGAACACAUUCGGAUGGGCAAGGAUCGAAGUAGUCUUAAUGCUCGGCGGUUGCGUGUUUUUGGCGUCACUUAGUUUCUCCCUGGUGGUCGAAGCCAUUCAAACCCUCAUACACAUCGACCAUCAAGAUCCAAUGCAUCAACCGAUAUCAGUGUUCAUUAUCGGUCUUGUUGGUAUACUUAUCCACGGGCUAUGUUGUUUAUUACUAGGAGGCCCAGUAGUACAAAACGCAAGAGUUCCCGAUGAAGAAAGCGCCAAUGCUCUUUUAAAUUCCGGUCAAUUACUGAAAAAAAAAAUACAAAUUAAAAACUGCUGUUCAAGAGAAAUAUGUCGAGAUGUAGUUGGUUGUGCAAUGGUGAUGAUAUGUUCUAUCGUCGUAUUAUUCACAGACCCUAGUAUAGCAAAGUUUGUUGAUCCUGGAAUUUCAAUCAUAUCGGCGGCAAUAUUGCUCUAUCUUAAAUAUCCAAAUAUGAAAGAAUCGUGUCUGAUUCUUCUACAAACUAUGCCCGACCAUAUGAAUAUUGAUGUAAUUUGCAAAAACUUGAUGAAAACAUUUCCAGACAUAGUAAACGUACAUGAACUGCAUAUAUGGCAAUUGACUGAAGAUAAAAUAAUAUCCACUGCACAUAUAAUGUUUCUUAAUCCUCAAGAUUAUUUGCGAAUAAAUAAAGCGGUCGUUAACUUUUUCCACGAGAAUGGCAUUUUAGAAGUGACUAUUCAACCAGAGUUUUUCAAAGACGAUCAGAAUAUACAAAUGGUUCCAGAGUAUGGUAUGGGACAGUGUUUGGUUCAAUGCAAUAAUAUCGAGUGUUUUGAUAGAAAUUGCUGUGAACCAGAUGACAUUGAAUCAAUUCAACAAUGUUAAGCUUCAAAUAGUACAACUUUAAAGAGUUGAAACAAUCGUCUUGCUCACCAACAAUAAUCGUUUUUUGAUAAAUCUUUACAAAUAUUCAAAAGUAAAUAUUUCAAAUUUGAUUACCUUAUAGGUACCAUGUGUAAAUGGGUUAUAUUGACCUUAUUUAUUAUAUAUAUAUUUUUUUUUAAUGGAAAAUGCGUUCCUAUGUGUACUCAUAAUUGUGUUACUGUGAAUGUAUUUAUACUGAAUCGUUAUUAAUUAUUGUUUAACAAAUACAAACACGUAUUUGUUUUUAUUAUAAUUUUAUUUUUGUAAUAUAAAAUGUUAUUGAAAACGACGAAUACAAAUUAUAUCUUUCACUGAUUGUAAUAUAAUAUUAUAAUAGAUAAUACAUUUUACAUUUAAAACAAUUUAAACUUUAUUUAAGAA